UCGCACGGAUCGGACGUGAAAAGCGGUUGGAAAAUCGCCAGGCGCUCAGCGUAUCGCUUCGUUUUGAGUUCGGAAAACCCGCGUUUGGAAAACCCCAGAGCACGGAAAUAUUCGAAAUAAUAUACACUGACCAUUAGACGGAAAAUGUGUAUCUGCGGUUGAAAUACACAGGUUUUACGAUGGAAAAUAUCCAACAAAACGUAAUAGUUUUGUGCGUUUUGGUUUCGGUUUCGGCUUCACUUCACAUUAUCUAAAAAUAUCGAAAGCAAGGAAAACAAGGAAAAAGAAAGUGAACAAGUGCAAAAAUUAUCUCGCUUUAUAUACGGAAAGUGGGCCGCCGGCGCUGUUUUUUAUUUUUCUAAGAGAAAUUAUCGAUCAAAUACAUAAGUAGUGUCCCCCAGCCCAGAGAGCAUAACUUUCUGGAUGGAUGUUCGGGUUCGUUGACCAAGCAGAAACGAGGACUCCGCCGUCUCCCACCUGAGGGGAUAGUCAAAGGUGCCAACAGGCCGAAGGAGAAAGAGUGCACAAGAAACAAGAAACAAACAAAAACGUCACACACCACCAUCCAAAAUCAGAUUAUGAAUUAUGCAACCCAGCAUCCACAGCAGCCAAAUAGAGCAACUAGAACCACAGCACGAACUGCUUAAUGCACAAAAGUAGAGACCCCUAGACUUGGCCAAACUCGUUUCGGAAAAGUGCCGAAACAGACCAAAAGAGCCGCAGACCAGGAGUCACCCCAGAUUUCCCAGAGGGGUUUCCCGGCAAACAGAGGAGAGCAAAGACCGCACACCGGAGACCCAAGACCCAAGGCAUUCGCCAUGGUGGACGACAUCUCCCCCAUGCACCAUCGCAUGCAGAAGAAGACCAGGAGCGCCUCCAUCUGCGCCACGGGGGCCAGCAUCGAGACGGUCAUCCAUGGGCUGCCCGGCGCCUCCGGAAGUGCCACGCCCGAGGGCGGCACGCCCGGAUACCGCCGCCGCCGGCCAGCCACGCGCUCCCAGAGCGCCCGCAUCACCUCGGGCGCCAGAUCGAUCCGCCAGAAGACCAAGGCGCAGCAGCAGCAGCAGCAACAGCAGCACACGCUCCAGGAGACCCGGAGCUACUGCACCAGCGAGCCCCGGCUGAGCGAGACGGAGACGCCUCCGCAGCGCCGCAAGCUAUCGCAGCGGAGGCCGCAGCCUCACGCACACAGAAAAUCGAACGCCUUCCUGGACGUGCCCACCAUGAACAUGCAUCACCUGCGCGUCAACGACGACGACGAGGAUGUGGACCGGCUGCGCACUUUCAGUGCCUCCAAAGGAGGUAUCAUCAAUCGCGGUGACUCGUUCCGCCGCCGGCGCUCGAGGAGCAACAGCCUGGCCCCGUCCAGCCCCAUGCACGCCCGAAACGGCGUGGGCGGCGGUCUGGGGGGCGUGGCUGGCGGGGGCAGCAGCCUGGGACUGGGAUGCGGCUACAAUGGCGGCAGCAGCAGCGGCAACGGAUUCGGCAGCGCCAAUGCCCAGGAGAACCACCAGCCGGUGGAGUUCUAUCGCGUGGAGAUGCUCGGAUCGGCGGGCGUGGGCAAACAGGCUCUGGUUUCGCAGUUCCGCACCUCGGACUGCAUCAAUGCCUACGAUGGACCUGAAUGCGACGAGGCCGAGCAGAACGUCUCAAUCAUCCUGAAUGGCACCGAGUCGGAGCUGAAGUUCCUCACUGGCAACCCGGAGAGCAAGGACGAGCUGGAGCAGGCGGAUGCCUUCCUGGUGGUCUACUCCUGCAUCGACAAGGAGUCCUUCACGCGGGCCAAGCAGAUACUAUCGCGGCUGCAGGACAUGGAUCUGCUGCGCCACCGACCCACCAUCCUGGUGGCCAACAAAAUUGAUUUGGCCCGCUCACGCGCCGUGUCCGCCCAGGAUGGCAAGUGUCUGGCCUGCACCUUCGGAGCCAAGUUUAUCGAGGUCUCCGUGGGCAUCAAUCACAACUGCGACGAGCUCCUGGCCGGCACGCUCACCCAGAUUCGGCUGAAAAAGGACCAGGUCCAGCUGCAGCUUAAUCCGAAAAAAUCAAAAGAUAAAAGCAAAUUUAAAGAAAAUACAAACGUAGAGACUGUAGAAACUGAUAAAUGUCUGACUGAUCUUAAAGCCGUCGAAGGGGGCCCAAGGGAUGCCAAUUCGCCGGCGCACUGGUACAAGAGCCGCAGCGUGAUGCUGGCCAGCAUGAAGGCCCGCCAGAUGCUCACCUGGAUCCUGGGCAAGGAGGACUCCAAGUUCAAGCACUGCGAGAACCUGCAGGUGCUCUAAGACCCAACGCCGAAAAUCAGAAAUCUACCAAAUCUAUAAGUCUAUAUACUUAGCGCCUAAGUGUGUCGAUAUGUGAAUACGUGUGUGUAACCGGCCGAGUCAGGCAGAAAGCUUUAUCUCUAAGUGCUACCAGAUGGGCUCAUCUAAUAUGUAAACAGGUUUCGACGGUUCGAAGCUCUCCCAGCUCCCAUCUCCCAUCUCCGAACUCUAGUCCCCAGCCCCUUCCCCCUGUAAACAACCAUUUGCAUACCUACGAGUGUGUGCAAACAGCUAUUUGUAAUGCCUAACGUAAGCCUGAUAAUCAAAAAUUAAAUCAAAUUUAAUGUAAAACAUAGGGACAUCUGCAACGCUGGCAGCGACCACGUGUGUGAGCAACUUAAUGGAACCAAGCGAAAGGAGCAAAACCAAAGUACUAAUACUAAACUUAACCAAACAGAGGAAAACACUACUUACGUACUUACCUAGCAACUAUGGUAACUUUUCUAAGCCAUGAGCAAGUGGGGGAAUAUUUUUCAUGAGCUGGCUAGCGGCUUAGCUAUUUACAGGGAAGGGAGGUGUGCAGUAUGUUCCCAUCGAACAAUAUAUAUGUAGCCAAGGGGCAGAUUUUCAUUUAAGAUUUAUAUAGUGCGUGUGUGUAUCAGGUUGUUAUUUUCAUUUUCUGCAGCUUAGGGGAGUCUUACAGGGUCUUUAAUCGAGCGUUAGCUGGCUGCCUGGUCAGAAUAUAAAGUAAAAUAUUACCAUAGAUGAGUGUCCAUCACGUGUUUAUAAAGUAGAAUUAGAAUUCAAUAUUCUUUGUGUCUUCCUUAGUCAAAUAUGUAUGUGUGCGUAUCGGUGUGUUUAUACUAGGGGUCCUUCCAAAUAUAGUGCAAUGCAAGGAAUUCACGUGUCCUCCACAAGGCCUUCAUGUAAAUGUGCUCAAAGUGGAAACAUGAAAAA